UUGGCUGGCUCGCUCCAGCCGCAGCCCCAGAGAAUGAAUGAAAUUGAAAUAGCUGCUACAUUACAUGUACAAUACCGGGCUCUGCGGUGUUGCAUUCUAUCAUACUAUACCAAAAUGGCCACAGCGGUGCAGAACCCCCUCAAAUCGCAAUCUGGAGGUGCAGUCAUCAAGAACAGUCUCGGAGAGGAGUUUUACAAGGAGGCCAUUGAACACUGUCGCAGCUACAAUGCCCGUCUGUGUGCGGAGCGCUCCAUGCGGCUCCCCUUCCUGGACUCCCAGACCGGCGUGGCCCAGAGCAACUGCUACAUCUGGAUGGAGAAGAACCACCGUGGACCAGGUCAUGCUCCAGGUCAGUUGUACACAUAUCCUGCUCGCUGCUGGCGCAAGAAGAGACGGCUUAACAUCUUGGAAGACCCCCGGCUUCUACCUAUCGAGUUCAAAAUUGACUACGAGACUUCACUAAAGAAAGAGGGGGGCAUCCCAGACGGCCCAGUGCUGGAGUCGCUGCUUUCUGGGGAAACGCUGGAAAAGAAAGUGGAAACCAAGGAAGAGGAGCCAAUGAGUGAAUGUCAGAAGUUGCUUGUUGGGGAUUUUCCUCACGAGCUGGAGGUGGACGACAUGGAGGAAGACGUCCCAAAGCGCAAGAACCGUACCAAAGCACGGGCCUAUGGUGUCGGAGGAAUGAGGAAAAGACAAGAGCUGCCCGCCAUUGAAGACAGAGAUAAGCCUUACGUCUGUGACAUCUGUGGCAAGCGAUAUAAGAACCGUCCAGGGCUGAGCUACCAUUACACUCACACACACCUGGCAGAUGAGGAGGGUGAAGAGGACUCAGAGCGACACACACUUCCCUUUCAACGCAAGAGCAACCACAAGCCUAAGAAAGCACCGGACGGCUCUGUGAUUGCCAAUGGCUACUGCGACUUUUGCCUUGGAGGCUCAAAGAAGACGGGCUGUCCCGAAGACCUUAUCUCCUGUGCGGACUGUGGACGCUCAGGCCACCCGUCCUGUCUGCAGUUCACAGUGAACAUGACGGCUGCGGUGAGGACUUAUCGCUGGCAGUGCAUCGAGUGCAAGUCCUGCAGCCUGUGUGGCACCUCUGAGAAUGACGACCAGCUGUUGUUCUGUGACGAUUGCGACAGAGGCUACCAUAUGUACUGUCUGAGCCCUCCCAUGUCUGAACCACCAGAGGGGAGCUGGAGCUGUCAUCUGUGUUUGAGACAACUGAAGGAGAAGGCCUCAGCCUACAUCACCCUGACUUAAUCUGCAGAGCUCGUCCUCGUGGCCCCUCGCCCUCUCCCGAGCCACCUCUCCGUCACUCCUCCUUUCCUCCUGGAGGUGUUUCUCGGCACCUCCACCUCUCCCCUUCUACUGAUCUACUUGUCGGCGCUCCCCUCACGAUCCGUCCCUGUGACCUUUGGAGCACGCCGAUUGCCCACAGGGCCGCGCCUGCUCUCGAGCGUCUCUCCAGCGGCGAGCCGCGCACCGUCCUCUUUUGUCCCUGAAAUUCCCCUUUGUGCUUGACCCAACUGCAGCCUUCCCCUCCCUCGUCUCAGCAGAGGAAUUCAUCAGCGGGCAAUAAGUUUGCCAGCAAGACACACACUUCAGCCCGCCAAGGGCACUUCUGAGGCACACUACUCCACAGGAACCCUCAUAAGGGCCCUCGGAUGAGCCCUAAUGAUCUUCAGCUGUGACUCUGUCAAGUAGUGAGUAAAAUUUAAUAAGAUGGCGAUGUGUUCAAGAGAGGACGAGGCAGUGAAGAACCAUGGAGCAGUGCGGCUCAGUGUUUUCCCAACUGUGAAAUGUACAUUCAACCAAAAUUUUAUUUUCUUCUCUCUGUCCUCCUUUGUGUACGGCAGAGCUGCAGAGACACCGAACCCUCCUCUGGUAUUUGUCUGGAUGUCUCUUUCAACCAGGGAGUGAAUUGUACAGAAUUAAAAAUGAUUUUCAAACCACAACUCAUGAAAAGACUCGGCCGAGUGGUAAAGAAGGAGCAUCCGGACAGGAACUCAGACCAUCUUUGACCUCACCCUUUCUUCUCUCCACGCAUCUGGUCCCCACAAUUUAACGGUGCAUUUUCGAGGCGGACACUGAAAGUUUUUAGUGCAUGGCAAUGGCUCCUGGAUACAGGGAGAGAAUGAUUUUUUUCCCCCCUCUCGAAUCAGAUCAAACAGUCUAUUUGAAAAAUAACAGUUAUGGCUUAGCAGCUCUCGCAAGCCUGAUCUGCAUUCCACCUGUGCUCCCACGAAAACCAUGACUGUGAAACCAGAGCAAGACUGUAAGACUUCUGGUGCUUGGUGUGUGUCGUCUAUGAUUUCAGAAUGUAGGACUGGUGAGUGGAUAAUGCAGAUCUCAUGCAGAGGCCUGAAAACCUAUAUUUUCUAUGAUUCCUAUUAUUUAUAUGUGUUCAUUUGCAUGUUAUUAUUUUUAUUCUUAAAAAAAAAACAAAGAACUUUUAAUUGAACUGGAAAAGAAAGCACACUUAAUUCGCAAUAACGUGUUUGUGAUACGAACUCUUUAGCCACCCUUUGUGAGUUUAAAGCUCUGUUUGUGCCUGUGUCUGUUUGUGCGUUCGUUGAGCAGUACAGAGACUGUGGCCAGUAAAACACCAGUUAGAUCCGUGAACAGGACAGAUAGCUGGCAGGUGACCUGAAUGUAGGAGAACUGAGGACUUAACCAUAUAGGCAAGCUGGCAGAGGUACACGUCUCAAUGCAAGUCUUAGGUCAAAAGUCGCUGGUAAAAUAAAAACAAGAUGUGUUAAAGGAACGGUUUGAAAAUUUAGAUCUCACCGUGCAUCAUUUGAUAUUUUACAAUGUCUCUGCGUUGACUCCAACAAGUCGACAGUCUGACACAUAAUCCAUUGUUAUUAUUUUUCAACAAAUACAUUUAAGCUUUUAAGGUCAGGGCAGCCUCAUUUUGUUUAUUCAUGAAAUAGCAAGCUAUGUUCCAAAACUACAGAACUUGGGUAGAAACCUACCCCAGCAAGCAGCACUGGUAGGGAACUUUUGAUAUUACCCUGAGCCUUUAAUUUGGAGCUUUAUGGUAAAUGGUAAAUGGCUUGUACUUGUAUAGCGCUUUAUGUAGUCUGAAGACCCCAAAGCGCUGCACAUUACAAUCAGUCAUUUACCCAUUCACACCCUCAGGAAGGCAGGAAGGAAGGUUGCUAAAUAUUUCUGAGUCAUUGGAUAUUUCCAGCAUUAUUAUCCGCCCGUUCCAGAUUAAACUCCUAAACAAUUCAGAAUUUCUACAAGUUGCAACUGUAAGAGAUUCUAAAUGAAGGAUUUCUCCUUUCAACUUUUUGCGGAGACAGGGUACACUAAACCCUCCAGUCAUAGGAAUAUUUGUUUAUCAUAAAUGUGUAUUGUUGGCAGGUUUUAAGAAACAAGGCACAUAGCUGUGGGUGCAAUGCUCUUUCAGGUCAUGUUGCAAUAGCUUUAUUUUCUUAAAACAUCUACAAUUGUUUCACUUUUUUAUUUGGAGUGACUUUAGUUUUAAAGUGUGACUGCUUUAAGAGAUUUACAAUUCUGCAACAGUUAUGUCUGUAAAACACAACAAUUCCUAAUCUAAGAUCCUUUUCAUCUCUCAUCUUCAACAACUGCAGUGAAUAAGGAAAUCUGCAUUCGACAGCACAGUUAUAUCUUUGUGCAGAGCUUGAAGUUAACAUUAUUUAGACAAACUAAUUUUUAAUCCUCGUUACUUUUAUUUUGUUGCUUUUUUUUAUUGAUACCGAUUUUAGCAGACCUGUCUUUCACAUUUUGCAGAAAGUACUUUUAAAAAAGUUCUCAGAUUUUGUGCUUCCUCUGACCUUAUUCUUAAACACCUCAUACUGAGAAUAAUCUAUAUUCCUCAGUCAUAACUUCCACACUUAAAGGAAAAUUGCCACUGCUACCUGGUAGAGCUUGGAUUUGUUGCAUACAAUCGGGAAAGACCCCAACAAUCCGAACACCAGUCAGGGCUGGUCAAGCUAAAAAUGGUCGGAUUCUGGUCAUCAAACGAUUAACGGACUGAUGGUAAAUGGACUGACUCAAAGCGUUUUACACUAUAACCAAAUUCCCCCCGUCGCACUCUCUAACUCACACACAUUUAUACACCGAUCCACAGAUUGGUAGGCAACCUGGGGUUAAGUGCCUUCCAGGAGGAACCUGGGAUCAAACCCUACUGCUACUCUUCUCACUGAGUCAGUAAUAAAAAUAACAAUCAUCCCUUAUCAUAAUUUCAAUCAUUAUUAUUCAUCAGCUCGAGUAAUCGGGCGGAGAUGUAAAAAAAAUUAUAGAUUUUAGGACAUUGGGCUUGUCACAGUUAAGUAAAAAUCAACUAAAACAUCUCACAUCCACAAAACUUCAUUGAUUUCUACUAAUGUGUUAGAUUUUAGCCAUUUUAAAACUUAAAUGCUUCAGUACACUGAUUUCACAGUUAUUGUCCCAUUCCCUGGGGCAGGAGGCAGUCCUGGGAGUUUGGCGUAUUCCAUAUGAACAUAACAGUAACUUUCAGUUCAAUUCAAUUCUAUUCAGUUCAGUUCAAUCCAAUAAUACUUCACUAAUCCUGAAGAGAAAUUACAUCAGAACACUUACCGCGAUUAUUUUUCUGUUUAAACCGGCAACACUGACAGUAGCCUGUUGAGGAUGAGUGAGCCUCUCAGCAUCAGUGAGUCUAUUUCACCUAAAGGCCACUACAGCUGAAACGUACAAGACAAACAGCCCAGGGAACUUCAAGGGUUCAGGGUAAUUAGGGUUCAGGGUAACAUAGCAGAAACAUGCUGGUAGAUUUCAAAUGUUUAUUUAUAAAGAGGUGAAUAUUUUUACCUUUUCUUAUCAUUGAUAGCUUAGCUGUGUUAUUAAGAUGAAUUCUUUAAACCGGUCCUCUUUCUCCACUUUACAAAGUAACAAAAUAGGAAUAGAAAAAACAGCAAAACUGACAUGCCAGACAUGUUCUGGCAACCGUCACAGCUUAUAAACAGUUUUUGUUGCCAGCUAAGAGUUGCCAUUAAGGUGAUUUUGUCCAUUCUUACAGCAAGAUUAUUGAGAUGUUUUAGAUGUGCCGCUUAUGUGAGUUCACUCUAAUAAUUUUCAAUACUGUUUAAGCCAGGGACCUCUGAGGGCCUCAGCAAAUCUGAUCCUGCACCUUUUAGAGUACUCCACUAUGGGUAUUAAGGCAAGUUUGUCAUUAUUAUAUGCUGCUUCAAAAGGCUUGAUUCAAGGAUACUGGAAGAACCAUACUAGACCUGGAGGAACCAUACUAGACCACUUGACUGUAGUUUUAUGCCUUUUGCCCAGAGCUGUGCUGUAUCAGUGGAAUGGUUAGAUAGUAACAGCCGGGCCUCUUGAAUGACAUGCCAAACCAGCUAUGUAGGCUCAGCUAUGGGAAGGCAGAUCAAGUGAAGGGAGUAGAAAUAUAUUGCACAUGAUUACAAAUGCAAUUUAAAUGAGCCCUUGGUUUAAACAGGUGUUAAAUAUUUAAAUAUGAACUAACAUUAUAUUUUGGCAGAGCAACGACCUAGCUGGUUAGGGUCACCCGCUGGCAGGUUGACGUUAGUGUUAGAUCACCAUUCACUGAAUGAGUAAAGAAAUGUGCGAAGAUUUGCCAGGCCAAGCUCAUUUGUGGCAAAUCAUUAAAGGUUUAAGUCAUCACUUUCAACUUAAAGCCAGCUAAGCAGUUAUCCAGUAUUAAGGGAGUAAAAGUAUUCACAAACCUUUAAUUUAACACGGCAAAAUUCUAAAUGGCAAAGACUAACCGCCAUAAAGUGUGAAAAAACAAACAUUUUUUAACCAAAGUUUUGCAGUUUAGUACGUCAGACAGUGGCCCAAGUAGAAUUCUUAGUAAUGCAAAAAAUAUUUGUUUAAAUACAUUUUCUAAGGCAGAUGAUUCGUGUGGAUGCAUUAAUUCAUCUUUAUGUCAGUAGGCCAAAGGUACUGUUCAAGCUUAAUGUCAAAUGUUACUAGAUUAAUUCACGCUGUUUUGUGUCUUGCCAUGUAUGCUGGUGUACUGAAAAACACAGAUUACAUGGGCCUAAAGGUGUGAAAAAGAAUGGGAUUUUGUAGAACAUCAAGUAAUGUUACACAUCUGAUGCACUACUCUUCUGAAUAGUGCAUUAUGGUCAAAAGUGCUGCAUUCACAGUGUUCUGCUGGGCCACGACAGGGUAUGUUACUUUUGCCAUGAUGUCACCAUCUCAAAUACUUCUUUGCAUUUAAGUCAACAGACCAUCUAGCAAUGGAGUUUUUGAUGUUUUCAGAGUGUGAUCAGAUUUAAUUGGGCAGAAAGUAGGUCAAGCAAUCAGUUGCACUGUUAAGUGACUUGAGUGCGAAGCUUAGAAUAAUGAUAAGUAAUGUUAUUCAUGGGUCACUACUCUCACUGCUUUUGUUUUUUUUGUGUGUGUGGGCCACAUUCACUAGGGCUGCACAAUAUUGGGAAAUCAUGCAACUACAAUAUUAUUGUUGAAUCCUGCGAUGACAAUACCAGUUCUAUGUCCACAUUUUUGUCGUCCCUCUCUUCCUCGCUGUUCGUUAUAAUCCUUCCCACACGUUCUGAUGUCUUUAACAUCUUGGACACUAUGACCUGUCAGUGUCCAAAGAGGGGCCUCCGCUGAAGCUCCAUUCAGCAGGUUGAGUGUAUUAUUGGAAUUCAUGUCACUUGGAAUGUAAUAGCCAAGAAAUGUGGCUAUUUCAACACUCCUUCCCAAUGUUAAUGUUGUACAGACUGACACGGAAAUAAGAAUAUAUUUCUGAUAUAUCGUGCAGCCCUGAAGUAGGCCAAAACAUGAUGGGAUUGAAUUGUUAAUCCUCACUUUGCUCAAAACAGAUCGGUUUGUCAUAAUGACCUCAGUAUGCUCAGCAUGCUUUCUUUUAGCUUGCACCACAAUAGAUUUCCUUCUCUAAUUUAAAGUCCUAUAGUUUUUAUCUCUAACCAGUUUGACUGGAUUUUUUUAAAAGCCACUUUAAUGGCCGCAUGUGAUGAGCAAAGUGCUGAGUAAGAAAGAUUGACUCAGCAUUUUCAAGUCAUUUGCUACAACAGAGUAGAACGCCAUUGAUUUGUCUGAUUGCUUUAAGCUCGGAGACAAUAGCUGUAAAUAUGAGAAGCGACUUGGGAGCAACAGAUUACCGUUUCAUGCAAUGUUUUACCUUCUAAUGUAUGCAUCAAUACCACUCAAAUUUUGUUGUCUUUGGUUAAAGUUGGGUGUCAUUUUAAUCACGUCCCACAAAGGAAGAUGAGAAAUCAAUUAGCUUGUACAAGAUUACCUAAACUGUAGUCUUUAAGGUUGUCUAGAAACGGACUGCAGGUGAAGGCACUGAGCCACUAUCUCAGCUAAGAGGAACUCCAACGGUGCAUGAAAUACUCUUGGUUCGUCAGUGACGGCACAAGAAGCAAAUUUUAACCGUAUACGUUCCUUAUCAUCAUGUUUUGAGUCUUCUUUUUCUUUUGUUGUAUUUUACACAGUGGGGCUACAGGCUCCUUGAGGGUGUUUUUGUGUGAUACCGUACCUCGACUUUUGAAGAAUCAGUAAAAAUGCAAAUUGAACCAAAAUAGUCCUUUUUUAAAAACACUUCUAAGGGUAACCAGUUACGUGGCACAAAACUAAGAGAUGCUGGUCUUGUCAUUCCUUCUCCGUUUUGUGCUUUUGCCGUUUUGGUUUAGUACCUCAUAAAGGCUCAGUUUGCCAAAGACCUUCACACAGAAAAGGUUUCAAUUCAAAUCCAUCCUGGGGGCGUUCUGUACCCACUGUGACAACUGAUUAAAAGUAAUUUUCUGUAAUCUAAUAGUCGUUCAAACAUAAGGAAAUUUAAAUAUAUGACCUCAGUAUAAUCUAUCAGCAGAGAGUCAUUCACAGUUAUUCUGCUCUUAUUAGGGGUUAUUGUCUUAUUUCAUAAUAGUCAAUUGGCUCAACUUGAGAUCAGAAUCAAAAUGAGUGGAAAAAGGGUGCAAUAAAAAGCACAGAAUAAUAUACUAUAAUCAGAUUAUGAUUGAUAUUUGAGCAGUUUUAUGACUAUCCUUCUUCAUUAUGCAUAUAAAACAUAUCUGGUAAGAGAAUUAGGCUAGUAUGCAAUGGACAAAUACAUGGGUAUAAAACAGAAGUGGGUGGGGAUGAAACUGCAGCAUGCAGCCAUAAAAAGGGAUAAUGAAUUGGCAAAAAGGGCAACCUGACCUAGAGCUCAGAAAACUGCACUGGGGUUAUGUUCACCUCUUUGCACUCGACUGUACAGAAUUCACACCUUGCACUCGAAUAGCCCCCUUUCACAUUAUCCUGCGUUAAAUCAGGGUGAUAUUUUCUCGCAAAACCAGUUUCCAAUGACUUAUCGUUUAUCAUCAUUAUACAGUCAGAGCUAACAUUUAGACUUGAAGUGUGCUUGAGUGGAAAUGUUUUUUGAUGAGCCUUACCUGGAAAAUAAUGGAAAUGUUUGUCUUUUGAAUGGUGAGCAAAGAUAAUGUCAGGCGGGGGGGAGGGAAUAGCCUUUUUGUGGGAGCUUUCUUGGCACUGGGAUAAGUGUGGUGGAAUCAAACUCAUUUUGAUUGUACUCUCUGGGGAGGGUGGGAAAGCCAUGUUGGGCUGUGAUCAUCUGAUGAAAUGUGAGCCUUCACUUUGUACAAAAUGGACAAACCAAUGUGAAGGAGAUGUGAGGGGUGGGGGUAACAGAAGCCACACCCGGAUCUACCGGCUUCCCAGUUAGCCCUGGUCUUUGGCUGCAGGAGCGGCUGCAUCCGGGCAUGCAGACUUUGGGCCACUGUCUGACUUUCCUGUAAAUUGUCGUUCUGUGAUUUUGCUUGCACUUUUUUUGUUUCCUUUAUCAAAAACCAGAAGCCAAUUGUAAGUAUGUAAGUGGGUGAGUGCGAUUGCACUGUUUAUUUUGAUUCUUGCCAUGUAAAAAAAAAACAAAAAAAAAAAACGUGAUUGUGUGUUGUUAUCAACACAGGAUGAAGAGCAAUUUUUAAUUUGUAUUUUCUACCUGGGAAGGAAGAUGAAAUCUUCUUGGACAUUUUUUAACCCCCUCAUACCCACCCACCCACCUCCCUGACCCCCCUCUCUGUCUUGUAUCUGGGGAUUGCUUUGAAGUGUGGACUGUGACAGCAUCGCUGCCAUCACUGCUCUAAGUCGUUCUCUGUGAAUUCAUUUGGCUUUCUCAACUAACCCACUUUCUUCCCUUCUUCCCGUGACUCUUUUUUCCAUUAAAAGUUGCAACUGAAAAACGAGCC